UCCAUGCCCUUUCAUUUUUGAGAAGCCAUCUGCUGUUAGAGAAUCCAGUAGGAUAAUCUUAAAAUGUUCCACAUCAGCGUCAUGUCCUACAAGUCCAUGGAUCACAUCAUCUAAAAAUUUCAAUCAACUGCCUCAAACUACUGAAUCAAGGAAUUCAAAAAUCACCACAAUCAUGUUUGAUGCUGACUGGCAGGAUGAUGGAAAGGAGUUUUCAUGUGAAGCACGGGAAAACAAAGACCAAUAUUUUAGUCCAAAAAUCAGCUUAACUGUAGAAUAUGGUCCUAAAGAAACAAAAGCAGAAAUAAGCAAUCCCAAUGUGACUGAAGGACAGCAUGUGACUCUCACCUGCUCCACCAGAGGACGCCCCAUUCCCAGUGUUACAUGGUUCAGAGGUGAAGAACACAUGUCCUCAGGGCCAGCGUGGACCAUCACCUCCAUUACCCGUUCACAGCAGGGAGAGUACCACUGCGUCUCAACAAACACACAGGGACAAAUGACAUCUAACAAUGUCACCAUUAAUGUUAAAUAUCCCCCAAGUGUUGAGAUCAGUUCACCAAAAUAUGAAUUUACUGAAGGAGAAGAAAUGGAAUUAGAAUGCAAAGUGAUCGACAGCAACCCACAACCUCACACUUUUCAUUGGCAUAUAGCUGAGGAAACACUGGCUGGAAAUUGGAAAAAACAUGUUCUUUCCAGGAUUCGGCCUGAAGACGGCGGAAAAUACACGUGCACAGCGACUAACACUGCAGGCCCUGGAACAUCAAUGUCACACAUCAUUGUGGUUAACUACAAGCCGAGGAAGACAAAUAUUUCCAUCAAAGGCACGUCUAUCAUCAGCAGCACCAACAAUGUCAAAGUUAAUUCAUACCUGGCAAUAAUCUGUAACACUGAUGCACAUCCUGCUCCCUUCAAAUACCAGUGGAACUGCGACAGUGAGCAUCAAUGCACCAAUGUAACUUCUGAAAACAGCCUGGUUUUCCACCAUGUACAAAGGACAGAUGAAAUGUGUUACACGUGCACCGCCACCAACAACAUCAACACAGGAAACCGCAGUAAUCCAUUCUGCAUACGAGUACUGUAUCCUCCCAUGAAACCCACACUAAUAAUGAAAAGUGAUAUCAGAGAAGGUCAGGCCAUCAACAUCACCUGCACAGUUGAAAGCUUCCCAUUAUCACGUCUCACUUUGACAUGGACUUCCAAAUCUACUCCUGAGACUCAAAAACAGCUGUCCACAAACAACGAUCGCAAUACUCUCCUCCACAUAUUUAAGGUCACUUCAGCUGAUGGAGGUUUUUACACCUGCAGCGCCGAAAACAGUGAAGGUUCCAACAGCAUCAAAACAGAGUUGGUGGUGAAAUAUAGUCCCAAAAAUGUGCGAAUAGAAGCACAGCCUGAGAGAGUCGUGAAUGAAAAGGAGAAGCUGAUUCUGCAUUGUGUUGCCAAGUCCAACCCACCACUGACCAAAUUCACCUGGAUGAAAACAGCUGAUAGAAAGGAGGAAGUAAUCGGGAGUACUCCAACCUUCACUAUAACAUCUGCCAGCCCCUCUGACAGCGGGGACUACAGCUGUACAGCCGCUAAUACCAUCGGAGCUGGAAAAUCACAGCCCUAUAGAGUCAACGUUAGGUAUGCACCAAAACACACACAGAUCAACAGAUCAGCAGAGCAGCAACGGCCUGACGGAAUACGUUUUGUGACACUGACCUGCAGCAGUCAAAGUUUUCCGCCAGUACAAAAGUAUGCAUGGUACGGGGAAAUGAAGGACAAACCCAGGAUAUUAUUGGCUGAAGGUCAGCGCUACACCGUUUACUCUAACCAGCCGGGAAAAUACUACUGCAUCGCCACUAACAGCAUCAGUGAAAAAAUGUCAGAGGGAGCGGAGGUCUUUCUUGAGAGUGGAUUUCGAAGGUUCCUGCCAUACAUCCUGGCUUUUCUAGCUGUUGUCAUCAUCCUUUUACUUUUUCUUUGGUUCAGGAGGAAGAGAACAUUACACCAACAAACAUCAAAUGCGCAGCCGUGGUGGAGCUGUUCUUGUUUUAUGGUUCCGUGUGGUGACACAAGAAGGGUCAAUCUGGUAAAUGAAUGUCGCAUGGCAGAGGCAUGCAGAAGCAGAGAGGACCUUUUACCCCCGCACUCACGCUCACGCCCACAGUCAGGGCCCCGCCAACCUCUUCAAGACAGCAUGAGUACAUCAUACAUCACCACUGUUUACUGCUCUGUGGCACAACCAGUGAAAAAACAGGGUCUCCCAGCGAAGAAGCCAAUCCAACAGCGAGAUGCCUGCCAACAGGACGAUUCGGUCACCUACACUACUCUGCACUUUGGAGACAAGCAAAAGAACAAACAAGCAAAAGCAGGAGAUGAUGUGUAUGCCCAAAUAGUCAAGAAAAAGAUGCCUAAAAAGGAGGAGCGGGGAACUGUGGAGGACUACGAAAACAUCAGCACCAGCAAAUCUCCAAAUGAAAACUAUGACACAGACACCAGUGAAGAUGAAGUGGAGGUCAACUACUCACAUGUGAUGUUCAAAGCAAAACCAGGCCAGCAGAGAGCCAGCACGGACUCCGACGACGAGGAAGAGAAGACUGGGGUCAAAACCUGAUUAAAGAUAUACAAUAAACACAUCCAUCAUCUCUUCCAGGUAGACAUGUUCGCAAACCAUGUUCAUAAUAAAAACAUAUCGGGCCUAAUUUAUUUAAGGUUUGCGUGUAUAAAAAAGUAUGCAAACUCCAUAUACCACCUACAAAAAAUGUGCAACCUGAUCUGCUAACAUUGCACUUGAGGAUCCCAUCUGUCAAAUGAGCAGUAUAAUGUAAUAAGCAUAACAAUGUAAUGCAUUUGCCUUAAUGAAUUUGCAAUUGGGGCUGUGUCUACCAAGUGUACAAAAUACUAGGAGGAGACAUUGCAAAUAGGUUAAUUUAGCA